UUCUGAGAAACAUAACACUUCUCUACGGCAGCAAAACCAUUUCAAAUAUCCCCGGAACAACUCUCUUGAGAUAGAUACGAAAGGUUAUUCAAUGAACAUGCAGGGGACUGUACUAUUAUUGCUGUCGCUGUGGGCACUAUCAUGUUCUUAUCCUACUGCCAGACACCAAAGAACAUAUCACAGAAGUUCAGAAGAGUCCUGGAGUACUGCAAGCGAUGAGAGGUUGAAUGAGGUAGCCGAUUCUGUAGACACCAGCGAAGAUGACCCAGGUAACAGGGAAGACUCUGGCACCAGUGAACAUGGUAGCAACAGCCAUGAGAGCAGUGAAGGAAACAGAAGAGCUUCCAGUGACAGCUUGGAGAACCUCACAGAAGACGUGAGUGAAUGGAGUACUCAGGACAAUGACGAGAGCAGCUAUUUCCGAAUCCACCAGGCCGUGCACAGGAAAUGGGCAGAACGCAAAGAUGGCGUUGAAGAAGAGGAUGAGGACCAUUCUGAUAGCUAUUCUUCUGACAGAGUUUCUCUGGAAGCCGAAAAUGAGAUUCAGGGCAGUGUCCAAGAACAGCUCCCUUCCAGCAAUAUCAGAACCUCCAAAGAACAACAUGAUGUGGAAAAUGAUGGCAUGCUCUACAUACCUGACCAACUCUCAUAUACGUUCACUGGAAAAGGAGGCAGCGAUAUGACAAAUGAAGACUUCAGCGGCGACGGUUCUUUGGAUGGAAAUAAGGAUGAGGACACUUAUGGAAAAGGUGUUGGUCCAACUGUCCCUCCGAACAAAGGGGAUGAGCAGCAACAUUCAGAGGGACAUGGUGACAACACUGUUGGCCGACACCACGAUGACAGCAGCAGCAGUAGCAGCAGCAGUGAGAGCAGAAGCCUUGAUAAAGAGGACAAUCACAUCAUUCAUAACGGCAAACGGCUGGGAGCUGAGAGUUAUAGCAGCAGCCAAGAGGACAGGUAUGAUUUUGACGAUGAAGGAAUGCAAGGCGAUGAUCCCCAAGUCUUUGAGAGCCAUGAUAGUGACUCCAGCAUGCUCCACGGAGAUGUCCGUUCAAAGGAAAGCAGCCAGGAAAUCAGCAAAGCCAAACAUCGCAGCAAAUCUGUGGAACAUUUUGCCAGGAAAGUGUACCACUAUGUGGAUGGCGAUUCGGAUGAAGACCGCAGUCCUGAGCAUGACGAGAGGACGUCCCUGCAAGAGGAUGAUGCUGACUCUCAAGAAGACAGCCAAUCUGUAGAAGAUGUCAGUCAAUCAACAGAAGAUAUCCCCAGUCGAUCCAAGGAGUAUGCAACUAGCCAUUCCAGAGUGGCGGUAAAGAGCUCAUCUAGAGGGCACAGCCAAAGUCAGUCCAGAGAGAACGCCAACAGCCGAUCCAGGGAAGAUGUGCACAGCCAGUCCAGGGAAGAUGUGCCCAGCAGGUCUAAGGAAGAUGUACACAGCAGGUCUAGGGAAGACCAGCACAGCCGGUCCAGGGAAGACCAGCACAGCCAGUCCAGGGAAGACAAGCACAGCCGAUCUAGGGAAGACCAGCGCAGCCGGUCCAGGGAAGAUGUGAAUAGCAGAUCCAGGGAAGAUGUGCACAGCCAGUCCAGAGAAGACGUGCACAGCCAGUCCGGGGAAGACACACACAGCCAGUCUAGAGAACUCAUAAGUCAGUCUGGAGAAGAUGAAAACAGCCAGUCCAGAGAGGAUGAUGAUGCAGUCUCUGAUGAAGACAUAAACAGUGAAUCUACUGAAAAUAGCAGGGACUCUCAAGAAAAAACUGUGAAAACGUAUAACAAGAUAGAUGGCGAAUCAGAGGAACGCAGUGCGAGCAAAUCUAAAGAACAGGAGAGUUCUUCUACCGAAGAAGUCGAAAAUGUGUCACUGAGGAGCAGUGAACUGAAGCAGGUUAAAAGGCACCGGAGCAGCUCAAGUGGAAAGAGCGCAUCCACAGAGGAGAGUGACGAAUCAAGCGAGGACACCGAUGAAUCCAGCCAUGAUGACAGCAGAUUGUCUCACAGUGAAUCGUCUGAGAGUGAUAAAGUUUCCCAAGAGAGCAGCAGUACCGAAGACAGUGACGACAGUGACUCAAGUGACCUUAAAUCUGAAGAAGAGCAACAUCAACAAAGCCGAUCAGCGGAGACCAGUGAAUCCCAGGAGAGAAACAGCCACUCUAUAGAAAGGGACAGCCGGUCCAGGAAAGACACAACGAGCAGGUCUGACAGUGAAGAAGACGACAGCUGGUCGAGAAGCAACGAGCUCGAAAGCCGAAAGCUGAUGUUUGACAUUUAUCAUAACAAACCAUACAGAGAUUAUGAAGAUAAUGACUGUCAGGAUGGCUAUUAAAAACCCUGAUCUAAUGACAUCUGAAAGUUGGAAAAUGAUCUUUUCUUUUAACUUAUUUUUUUUAUCAUUUUAGCAAUGUGAAUAUUGACUGCUGGGAAGUAGCAUUGCCAGCAAAUUGCAUGCAAAACAAUGGUGUGCAUUUGGACGUUCCUGCUUGGUCCAAAUACACCUGAAAAUGUUUGCAGGAGGAGACGAGAGCAGGGGUCCCCCACCUUUUUGAGCACCUUUGAAAUUCUGACACACCACAGCGGGUGCGGCAACAAAAUGGCUGCUAAAAAUGGCUGCCGCAGUAGGCGGAGCCAGCCACAAAAUCAUUGCCACAUAUUAACUUCAGUAGCACAGUGUAGAUCCUUGUGGUGGCAGCUGAUGCCAAAGCAGCAUUUUAAAAACUCUGCACAGCCGAGCAUAUUGCCAAUAAUUGAUUGGAAGCCUUGCUGGGCAAAAAUGCCACCUGCUUCCUAAAAACACUGGGCAGGCACCAGAAAAUAUGUCGGUGAGCACUGUGAUGCCCAGAGGCACCCACUGGAAACCCCUGGGUAGAAUUUUAAGAAGACAUGAUGGC